CCUUUGUUAUAUUUCAGUUUUGGUAGUCAUAAAAAUAAUUAUAAGUCAAAUAUUGCUUGUGUUUGAAGAUUCUAAACUGUAUUUAUUAUUAAGAUAGUGACUUUGUUUUUGAGGGAAAUAUAAAUAAUAAGAUAUCUUCAUCAUGUAUGAUUUGGAAGAAGAUCAAUAUGAAGAAGAUGAAACUGAGGAAAUCAGUUCAGAGUUGUGGCAAGAAGCUUGUUGGAUUGUCAUCAAUUCAUAUUUUGAUGAAAAGGGUUUGGUUCGCCAACAGUUGGACAGUUUUGAUGAAUUCAUACAAAUGUCUGUUCAACGAGUCGUAGGAGAUUCCCCACUGAUCGAAUUACAGGCUGAACCACGUCAUAUUGCUGGAGAAAUCGAAAACCCUACACGUUAUACAUUAAAAUUUGAACAAAUUUACCUUUCAAAACCCACACAUUGGGAGAAAGAUGGUGCACCAUCUCCCAUGAUGCCUAAUGAAGCACGUUUAAGAAACUUGACUUAUUCUGCACCAUUGUAUGUAGAUAUAACUAAAACUGUGAUCAGAGAUGGGGAAGAUCCUGUUGUUACACAACAUCAAAAAACAUUUAUAGGAAAAAUCCCAAUUAUGCUGAGGUCCACAUUUUGCUUGUUGAAUGGGCUAACAGAUCGUGAUUUGACAGAGUUGAAUGAAUGUCCAUUAGAUCCAGGUGGCUAUUUUAUAAUCAAUGGAUCUGAAAAAGUACUCAUAGCACAGGAAAAGAUGGCUACAAAUACUGUUUAUGUGUUUGCCAUGAAGGAUGGAAAAUAUGCUUACAAAUGUGAAAUUAGGUCAUGCUUAGAACACAGUUCAAGACCAACUUCCACAUUAUGGGUAAAUAUGAUGGCAAGAGGUGGUCAAGCAACGAAAAAAGCAGCCAUUGGCCAACGUAUAAUUGCAGUUUUACCCUAUAUUAAACAAGAAAUCCCAAUUAUCGUUGUCUUCCGAGCGCUUGGUUUUGUGGCUGAUCGUGACAUUCUUGAACACAUAAUUUAUGAUUUUGAGGACCCAGAGAUGAUGGAAAUGGUCAAACCGUCUCUCGAUGAAGCGUUCGUCAUACAAGAACAAAAUGUUGCAUUGAAUUUCAUUGGUUCCAGAGGUGCUAGACCAGGUGUCACUAAAGAGAAGCGUAUCAAAUAUGCAAGGGAAAUUUUACAGAAAGAAAUGUUACCCCAUGUGGGUGUUUCUGAUUUUUGUGAAACUAAGAAGGCAUACUUCUUAGGGUACAUGGUACAUCGACUACUUUUGGCAGCUCUUGGCAGAAGAGAAUUAGAUGACCGUGAUCACUAUGGAAAUAAGAGAUUGGAUUUGGCCGGUCCUUUAUUGUCGUUUUUGUUUAGAGGCUUAUUCAGGAACUUGAUCAAGGAAGUACGAAUGUAUUCCCAGAAGUUCAUCGAUAAAGGAAAAGACUUCAAUAUCGACUUGGCCAUCAAACCAAAACUUAUAACCGACGGUUUACGUUAUUCUUUAGCUACCGGUAAUUGGGGUGAUCAGAAAAAAGCUCACGAAGCGCGUGCCGGAGUGUCUCAGGUGUUGAACAGACUGACUUUCGCCUCAACAUUGUCCCAUUUGCGUAGGGUCAACUCUCCGAUAGGAAGAGAUGGUAAAUUGGCCAAGCCCCGUCAAUUACACAACACUCUUUGGGGUAUGAUUUGUCCUGCUGAGACGCCCGAAGGUGCUGCUGUAGGACUAGUAAAGAAUUUAGCUCUGAUGGCUUAUAUCUCUGUCGGUUCCCAACCGUCUCCCAUCCUUGAGUUCUUGGAGGAGUGGUCUAUGGAAAAUCUCGAGGAAAUCGCGCCAUCUGCCAUUGCCAAUGCUACUAAAAUCUUUGUGAACGGAUGCUGGGUUGGUAUACAUAGAGACCCCGAACAGUUGAUGUCCACUUUGAGAAAACUUAGACGUCAGAUGGACAUCAUCGUAUCUGAAGUUUCGAUGAUUCGUGAUAUUAGGGACAGAGAGAUAAGAAUUUAUACGGAUGCGGGAAGAAUAUGUAGACCUCUAUUGAUCGUAGAAAAUGGUACAUUGUUAUUGAAAAAGAAACAUAUCGAUAUGUUGAAACAGAGGGAUUAUAACAAUUAUGGUUGGCAAGAUCUUGUAUCUUAUGGUGCUGUUGAGUAUAUCGAUACUUUGGAAGAAGAAACAGUUAUGAUUGCUAUGUCGCCGGAUGACUUGAGACAAGAAAAAGAAUAUGCAUAUUGUACAACUUAUACACAUUGUGAAAUUCAUCCAGCUAUGAUUUUGGGAGUUUGUGCUUCCAUCAUCCCAUUCCCUGAUCACAACCAAAGUCCGAGAAAUACAUAUCAGAGUGCUAUGGGUAAACAAGCUAUGGGCGUAUAUAUUACUAAUUUCCACGUGCGGAUGGACACUUUGGCCCAUGUCCUUUACUAUCCUCACAAACCUUUGGUAACGACCAGAUCGAUGGAGUACUUACGGUUCAGAGAUUUACCUGCAGGAAUUAACAGUAUUGUAGCUAUCGCUUGUUAUACAGGAUACAACCAGGAAGAUUCUGUCAUCUUGAAUGCGUCAGCUGUUGAACGAGGUUUCUUCAGGUCUGUGUUUUAUCGGUCGUACAAAGAUUCCGAAUCGAAAAGCAUGAGAGAUCAGGAAGAACAAUUUGAAAAACCGACUAGACAAACAUGUCAAGGUAUGAGAAACGCCCUAUAUGAUAAAUUAGAUGAUGAUGGAAUCAUUGCUCCUGGACUUCGUGUUUCUGGUGAUGAUGUCAUCAUUGGUAAGACUAUGAUACUACCAGAAAGAGAUGAUGAGUUGGAUGGAACUACUAAGAAAUACACCAAGCGAGAUGCUUCUACAUUCUUGCGAAACAGCGAAACCGGAGUAAUCGAUCAGGUCAUGCUUACUUUGAACGCCGAUGGCCAUAAAUUUUGUAAGAUCAGGGUACGUUCAGUGCGUAUUCCACAGAUUGGAGACAAAUUUGCGUCUCGGCAUGGUCAAAAAGGUACUUGCGGUAUCCAAUACAGACAAGAGGAUAUGCCAUUCACAUGCGAGGGACUCACUCCUGACAUCAUCAUCAACCCUCACGCUAUCCCCUCUCGUAUGACAAUUGGUCACUUGAUCGAGUGUAUCCAAGGAAAAGUAUCGGCUCUCAAAGGAGAAAUAGGUGACGCAACCCCCUUUAACGACGCUGUUAACGUAGCAAAGAUUUCCACUCUACUCCAGGAGUACGGUUAUCAGCUGAGAGGAAAUGAGGUUAUGUACAAUGGUCACACAGGUCGUAAAAUCAAUGCGCAGAUUUUCUUUGGCCCCACCUAUUACCAACGUCUUAAGCAUAUGGUAGAUGACAAAAUUCAUUCUAGGGCAAGAGGUCCACUGCAAAUCUUGGUGAGGCAGCCUACAGAGGGUAGAGGUCGUGAUGGUGGGUUGCGUUUCGGUGAGAUGGAACGAGAUUGUCAAAUUUCUCAUGGCGCUGCACAAUUUUUGAGGGAAAGAUUGUUUGAAGUGUCCGAUCCCUAUAGAAUACAUGUCUGUAAUUUCUGUGGUCUUAUAGCUAUAGCAAAUUUGAGGAAUCACACUUUCGAAUGUAAAGGCUGCAAAAAUAAGACCCAAAUUUCUCAGGUUAGGUUGCCUUAUGCGGCAAAGUUACUGUUCCAAGAGUUAAUGGCUAUGAAUAUCGCACCAAGACUCAUGGUAACGUAGGUCGCACUGUACAUAUUGUGAAUUUUUAAUUGUCUUUUUACUUCAUAUUUUCAAUGGUAAGAAGUUGUUUUUAGAAUAUAAUAAAAGUAAAUUUUUUUA